UAACGAUCGUCAGUAGUCGUGUAGAUCUACCGAAGGCAGAAUUUUCCCUGCUGAACGAUUGAAGACUUUGCCGACUUCCAAGAGAGUUUCUGACCCCGGAACAGGAAUUCUUCCGCUUCGCCUCACUCCGUCUUCUUGGGUCACACGAGAUACUUCCGGGCCAAGAUGGAGAUGUCCAUUCGCUUUCUCACCGUUCUACUCCUCGUGGCCGCGGCCGUACCUCGCUCGGACGCAAGCUUCUCUCUCAGCGUUCAGACGCGUCUCGAGAACAUCCUGGCACGUAUAAAGUCAUUGAGCAAUGCAGCCCACAGGCACCGUGGCGGCGGCCAUGAUUACCAUGGUCACCGUCACCAUGGCCACGACCAUGGGCAUGACCACGGGCAUGACCACGGCCAUCACCAGGGAGGAUCGGAUGAGGACGUGUUCGGAGGGCUUCUCUCAGCAAACGUAACGGAGUUCGCAAACGGCACCACCAAGGAGAGCGUGGAUACUCUGAGGAAGAUCAGCGUACCCUGCCUCGGUGAACUACCACUUAGCAAGGGUUUAACUGAAGCUCUCAAGGAGACAGUGCUACCCGAACCCACCAUCUUCUUGACUCCAAAUGUCAAUGGCACCAGGAAUGUCUCUGUGACACUCUCGUACAAGGAUCCUCUGGAUGUCGGCGGCGCGGUGUUAUGCUCUGCUGUAGGCAGCCUGAUGGGUACGGAGUGUGGGGAUGUAUCCAUGAGUGUGCCAGUGCUGGUCACCAGUACAGCGCUAGGGAUCACGACGACCUGGGAGAUUCCGGACAGCGCCGACUCCCAGGGCAACCUGCUCACGUUCUACAUUCUCUUCAAGUGCAAGUUCGUGGACUGAGUCGCUGCUGCAGCGGCCGCGGCGGCUGCGUGCAGGGCUGUGCUGUUGCCCAUAUGAAAAUUGUCUACGUGAACAGCACAUCCAUGGACAUGGGACAUGCACGCACCCUCUAUCACCUGUUGCAUUUCACUUGCGUUCAUUUCCUUCUCCUUUGCAGUACUGACAUGCUACAAGUACUGCAAAUGUUUCACCAUUCAACUAAAAAAACCCGAAUAGAAAAUUUUUGAAAGAACUUUAUGAAACCGUUGA